GUCUCCUUGUUUUUUCUUCCACAAACAAACUAUGGAGAGUUGUGCAUUAACACUCUCUAGCUCCACUCUAACAUCAACAACUUUAAACCAUAUCAACCAAAACAUCAAACCCAGAAUCAUACAAUGUGCUUCACCAAGCAGCAUCAACUACAAAACAACUUAUUCGGUUCCCUCUUUUCGCUCUUACUCAAUCUUUAAUAGUUCUUCAAUUUUGAAGAAGCGAAUUCACUAUGAUAUCGUGGUUGCCAGAGCUGCUGCUUCCGCUUCUGAAGCCUCUGGCGAGUCUUCAAAUGCGGCUGAAAUUGGCCGGACUUUGCAACUUGCAGCCAUGUUUGGAGUAUGGUACCUGUUGAAUAUCUACUUCAACAUCUUCAACAAGCAGGUACUCAAGGUUUUCCCGUACCCAACGACGCUUACAACGUUCCAGUUUGGGUGCGGUACUCUCAUGGUUUUAAUUAUGUGGACACUUAAACUUCAUCCAAGACCGAAGUUUCAUAAAUCACAGAUUGUACCCGUUUUAACGUUGGCAGUAGCACAUACAAUGGGCAAUCUCUUGACGAAUAUAAGUCUAGGAAAAGUUGCGGUUUCUUUCACUCACACUAUCAAAGCUAUGGAGCCUUUUUUCACUGUUCUUUUCUCUGUCCUACUACUUUCCGAGAGACCGUCAAUGUGGGUUGUUUCGUCUCUUGUACCUAUUGUGGGUGGUGUGGCAUUAGCGUCCUUCACCGAGGCUUCAUUUAACUGGAUUGGUUUCGCGAGUGCAAUGGCUUCGAACGUCACCAACCAGUCGCGUAAUGUGCUUAGCAAAAUAUUUAUGGUCAGGAAAGAGGAAGCUUUGGAUAAUAUCAAUCUCUUCUCGGUUAUGACGAUCAUCUCCUUUUUCUUUUUGAUCCCUUUUGCAUUCUUGUUAGAAGGAUUCAAGCUUACUCCUGAACACCUGCAGUUUGCUGCGAGUCAAGGUUUAAAUGUAAGAGAACUAUUAGUGCGAUUUGUCCUCACUGGUAUCUGCUUCCAUAGUUAUCAACAGGUUUCGUACAUGAUUCUAUCAAUGGUUUCACCGGUGACACAUGCUGUGGGGAACUGUGUGAAGCGAGUGGUGGUCAUCGUGUCAUCUGUUAUCUUCUUCCAGACACCAGUUUCUCCCGUCAAUUCACUUGGAACUGGUUUGGCCCUUGCUGGAGUCUUCUUGUAUUCGAGGGUGAAGCGGAUAAAGCCAAAUCCAAAGCCAAAGGCUGCUUGACUUGUGAUUCACUUUAGAUUAAUUGUGCAUAUAAUAGCAUUCAUGAUAUGGAAUUAUGGAUAACUAUAUGUAUGCUUUAAACAAUUUCUAUAGUGAGGUACUUAUAUAGUUAUAUGAUUAGUCUACUGCAUUUGUAAUUGUUUGACCAUUUUUUACUUUUGUAUAAACAUCCAAACAUAGACUCCCUAAUC